UUCAAACGGCCGGCGGGGCGAUGGAGGCGGCGCAGUUGCGCUGCACGGCGACCGUGGAGGAGCCGCUGCCGGGGGGCUGCGGCCCGCGCCGCCGCGUCCUGCGGGACGCCACCGUGCUGCUGGGCCGCAACGAGCUGCGCCAGCCCGUGCUGCGGGUGGUGGGCGGCAGCGGCGCGGCGGCCGCGGUGCUGAGCUUCGCGCUGAGCGGGGACGCUGUGCGGCUCUUCACGCGGUUCGCGGGCGAGGGGCGGUCGGCGGUGCGGGUGGGCCCGGGCGGCGCGCAGGUCCUGCUCUCCGACUGCCCCCCGGACGCGCUGCGCCGCUUCCUCCGCCUCCUGCGGCUCAAGGUGGCCGCCGGGUCGCGGGGCCCAGCGCGCCCCCCGCGCCUGCUGGAGCGGCCGCCGGCGUCCUUCGCCGUGAUCAGCCCGGUGCAGGAGCGGGACCUGCUGAGCAACCCCGGCCCCCGCCGCGGCUGCGGGGAGGGGCGGGGGGAGCGCCCCGCCGAGGUGCCCCGCACCGAGAGGCGGCCCCCGGUGCGGCUGUCGGCGGAGCAGGAGGCGGUGCUGGGAGCCGUGCGGAGCGGGAAGAGCAUCUUCUUCACCGGCUGCGCAGGGACUGGGAAGUCCUUCCUGCUGAAGAGAAUCGUGGGCUCCCUCCCUCCGAACGUCACCUAUGCCACAGCCAGCACUGGAGUAGCCGCUUGCCACAUCGGUGGCACCACUCUCCAUGCCUUUGCAGCUUUGCUUUCUUCUCCCCUGCCAGGGAUCGGCUCUGGGAAGGCACCGCUGGAACAGUGCAUUCAGCUGGCGGAGAGGCCGGGGGUGCGCCAGCACUGGCUGGCCUGCCAGCACCUGAUCAUCGAUGAGAUCUCAAUGGUAGAUGGAAAGUUCUUUGACAGGCUGGAGGCAGUGGCAAGAGUAGUCAGAAAACGGGAUGAGCCUUUUGGGGGAAUUCAGCUGAUCAUCUGUGGAGACUUCUUGCAGCUACCUCCAGUUUGCAAGGCUAAUGAAGAAACCAAGUUCUGCUUCCAGGCAAAAAGCUGGAGGAAAUGUAUCCACAUAAACAUGGAGCUGACUGAAGUGCGGCGACAGACUGACAAGGCCUUUGUCUCACUCCUGAGUGCAAUCCGUUUAGGCAGGUGCACAGAGGAGGUUACCAGGCAGCUGAUGCAGACAGCUACCAACAGGUCUGAGCGUGAUGGGAUCCUGGCUACACGGCUCUGCACCCAUAAAGAUGAUGUCGAAAUAACUAAUGAGAGACGCUUGCAACAGCUGUCAGGAGAAUUGCACGUGUUUGAGGCUCUGGACAGUGACCCAAUGCUAGUGAAGUUAAUUGAUGCUCAGUGUCCUGUGGGUGGUAGAGUUGAGCUGAAGCUUGGAGCUCAAGUGAUGCUGGCGAAGAAUCUGGAUGUGUCUCAAGGGUUGGUGAAUGGGGCACGAGGCGUUGUUGUAGGAUUUGAAAGUGAACAGAAGGGGCUGCCUAAGGUGAGGUUUCUCUGUGGGGUCACACAGGUCAUAAGAAAGGAGAAAUGGGUCUUCAAAGGACCAUCAGGAGUUCACCUGAGUCGUCAGCAGCUGCCUUUAAAAUUGGCAUGGGCCAUUUCCAUUCACAAGAGUCAGGGCAUGUCUUUAGAUUGUGUGGAAAUCUCCCUGUCUCGUGUCUUUGAAAGUGGGCAGGCUUAUGUAGCCCUCUCCCGAGCCCGUAGCCUUGCAGGUCUCCGUGUUCUGGAUUUUGACCCAAAAGUGGUGAGAGCUGAUCCUUCUGUGCUGCAGUUCUAUAGACAGCUGAGACGUCAUCAGCUUUUAACCCAGGAUUCACUACACACCUAUUCAGAUGCUGAUGAGAAGGAGAAUGUGAAAUGCAGCUGAUAAUACUCUCCUGGUUUCUGUGAAGUGUCAGCACAGACUGCUGAGAUGCAGUGAUCUUGCUAUUGAGUAUAUUUGAUAACAUAGGUAAAGUCAAAGGAAUUUUUUUGCUGUUUGCUUCAUUCAGCUGACUCUGGAUAUAUAGAAGUAUCUGUACCUCGUGCUUCUGGAAUUUAGAAGGCUUCUGUAGCCCCUUUCUGAGCCCACAGACCUAAGUAAGCACUUCCGUGUCACAGAUGCAACUCUAGCAAACAAAAUGACUGAACAAGGAUGUUUCUGAGGGACCUCCCUAUGGUUCUAUCCUGCCUGCCUAGUUGCAUUUAAUCCUCUAUAUAUAUAGACUGAAACUUGUGUCCCUUUCUUCAAGUAUACCACUGUUGUGAGAUGGAAGGUGUCUGGAUGGAUUGGACCUGUUCACAGGAGCUGCUGACACAAGGGAAAGCAGUGCUAAGUAUCUGGAAUACAUACUUGAUUCUUCUGCAAGCAAGGAGCUGGGCUAUUACUUUACAGCAUGCUGGGGUGUUCCAGAUUCUUGACACCAGGAGGCUUUGCAAAACUUCCUCCACAAGCAGAACUGCCAGCUACAUAUUGCCUGUUAUCCUGAUAUGUAGUGUUUUUAUUAGUCUGUUGCAUAAGAUGUGAUUUUUAUUUUUUUUAACCUUCUGAGAUGAGCUGGCACUGUUUAAAGAUAGGAGGAAUUCCUACAUCUUAUACCUGUAAUUAUGGAACUACAAGAAUUGUGAAGUUCUGUUACUCCAUUAGGGAGAAGAUGGGUACUGGUGAGAGUUCCUCUUGUUUAAACACAUGAGGCUUGCUCAAAUGAAAGUUGCUCCUGGAAAAAACCUGUCUGACUAAUAAGGUGGAAGUUUAGUGUGAAAUAGGGAAUAAUGGCUAUGGACAUGUGAAGUGAGCUGUAAUGUUACCUGUUUCAGCAAAAGCAGAGAUAAGCAGAUCUAAUAUACUGUCUUAAUUAAGGAAAAACUUUGGUCUUUGUAUUUUAGCACUUUGUUUAAAGCUUAAGUAACUUGUAUGUUUUAAAAUGUUUAACAUCUUAAAACAUGACAUAACAUCCAGCUGGAACUUGUCUCUUGCAGGGUUAUGUCUCUAACAAAACCUCUGCUGUGUGAGUGAGUUGAAGGCCACUUCUUGGCAGCUGCUGUCCUUAAAGCCAGGAAAGGAUGUUGAUUAGCCAGUGGUUAAUAUAGCAGAGAACAGUUUUAAUAGGAUUUCAAAAUGUAUAUUUUAAGUGGGGUUUGGUUUUCUUUUCUGGGCUUGAAAGGUAGAGUUUUGGAGGGAGUCAUAGUAGAAGACAGAAGUGUGACUAUUAUUCAGAGGGGUUCUUAAUGCAUCAGCACAUUGUUUCUUCAAAGAAGUCUGGUGGGGAGUGGAUGAAAGUAGCUGGAGCCCGUGGAAGACAAGCCCUUUCCCCCUCACACUGCAAGCUGUAAACUUUUUAAAUUAUUUUUUUAAACAACACAUUCCAAUCCUUUGAGCUGGAUGUAAGCUGUUUGUCCACCUUGGAGAGGAACUGAAGAUUAACUUUUCUCUGCCCACAUGCCUGGCAAGGAGGGUGCUGGCACACUAAAGCAUCAUUUCUGGUGCAGAUGAGCACUGAGGUGUGAUUGUUUGUUUGGCUUGCAGCUUCCAGAGCUUCCACUAGAGUGGGUGAGGGCCUGACUCUGUUGCAGGCUGUGUCCCCCAUCUGCCAGUGCCAGUACCCAGGUGAGGUGCCCACGAGCAUGGUGUGCUCAGGUUCAGCCCCUUCCUCCUGUGGUAGGACACGGGGUGCAGGUGUGGCAGGCUGGCUCUAGCCUUUCCUUGGACACCUCUUGUUCCCCCAGCUGUUGUGUGUCCCCAUCUUGAAGCACUCUUGCUCUUUCCUCAUGCUGCUGUUCUGCAGUGGGUGCCCUGGCCCAGACUCUGUGCUGUGCCACUCAUGCCUCCUGUGUAAUUCCAGCUGUGCCUCAACGUGCAUCCUCCACCUUUGUGUGGGUUGAGUUUUUGCUUUUGUUCACCCCCCCGUGUCCCUUGUGCAGGUGGCAGAGGCUGUGGGUACCCUGAUCAUCAGGGCAAGGCUCUCCAUGCAGGCAGGGAUGCCCAAGGCAUAGCCUCAAAGCCUGUAUGCUUGGUCAGGGGGCUGGGCUGGGUCCAGUUUGCACUCUUGUGGGUUUUUAGAGAUGAGAUGCUGCAGUAUGAGGGCUUUGUGUUGCACUGCAGGUUGAGGUGUGGGAUCUGAAAUGCCCAGAAUGUUAGUGAGUUUUACUCUUGGGGUAGACAGCUAGGGAGGAUAUGCCAGGCAUGUCCAGCCAUACACACAUUGAUUUAUUGACAGGUUGCAUAAGAGUGAUGAGAUAAUGCAGGCUCAAAUCCUUUAACAUCUCUUAAAAGGUUCCUGUAUCGCUGUAAUGAAAAGAUAAUUUAGAGUGUAAGAGUGGUGAUUAUGCAAAUAAACAUCUAAUUGUGAUUUUAAGAAGCAACUCACUUGACUGUAGUUUUCCUGGAUUUAGGGACUGAAAUCUUUCCAGUUGUAUGGGGGUUUUUUUUGGUGCCAAGCUGAGGUUUGAGAUAAAAUGCUAAACAGAACUUAAAGCUGGAAAGGCUAAUCAAUAUUUCAUGUUAGUAUUAAAUAUACAUGAAAUAUUGUGGUUGCCUUCUCAAUGAUGGAACUGUGGGAACAGAACAGUGGUGACUUUUGAAGGGCUGGCAGCUGUUCUGAGGCCAAAAGGGGUCCGUCUGUGUAAAUUUUGGAUGUUCUCACUUCCAGCUAAAGCAGAUGUAGGGAUGGGGGCUGGGUCUGGAGGCUGCUAUUUAAAUCAGAAAAGAAGCAGUCAGGACAAAUCUGAGCUGUCAGGCUCUGUCAUGGCUCCUCUUCAGUUAGGGUUGUGAUGAGGCCUUUUUUAACAGAAUAAUACUUACAUGAGGUAAAAAUCUUGUAAUACAAUAAAUAACCCUUCUUCCAAAUUU